AUGGAGAGCCCUGGUGCCAUGCAACCGGGACUCGCCCGGUCGCACCAGGCUUCCAGCCAGCCGGGCAUUUCCGCCGUUUCCGAGCGGGAGGACCUGGCCUUGACCAGCCCUACCAGCGGGGCCUUGGUACAAGGUUACUGUUGGAGAUCUCUCAGCUCCCCCCCUGUUAUCUCAGCCCCUUAUUCGCUUGUUCGCAACGGUCAGCCGGGAAUUAUUGCUGAAAUGAUGCACAAGUCCGAGGACCGCAACGGUGUUCCCGGUCACGAUGCGCUCCCACCGUACGACACCGAGCUUGAUUGCCCUCCUGGGAGCACUCGGCUUUGCUCUCGGGUCGGAUCCGACGGAUACUCCCACAGUCAGCAACUUUCUCCGCAGAAGCGCCACCUCAGGCCGUGGGCAAGCAAGGCCAACCAAAUAAUAUGGACAGACAAGGAAGCAGGGGCAUUUUACGUCUGGGGUGGCAAGUGGAUAGGGGGUACGAACAUGACGCCAAACGAAUUAUGGAAGUUCACCGCCGACGGCAACGGCGGGGGGACUUGGGCCGUCGAGCCCCCCGCAAACCCAACUCUCUUCGAUAGUCUCGAGCAGUACGAGUAUGGAGCGUAUACCAACACGGGCACGACAGGGUUUAGUGUCGGGGGGUUGGCAUCGGGCUGGACGAAGAAGUACCGCGGCCACAACCAGGUGGUGCCGGGCAUGGUGGCCUUCAACAUGAAUACGAAGAUCUGGCAGAACGGAACCACGGCGUUCAGUCCCACCGACACCAUCGUCGCUGCUUCGGCUGAGUAUAUCCCGACCUUUGGCCCCAACGGCUUGAUCAUGCUGUUCGGUGGAUUAUCUUUCCCGCACGAUACCGAGGGUAGCUCGGCCGACUGGCAAAACGCAGCGUCGUACAAUCUCCGGAACCUCACCUUCUUCGACCCACAGACGAAGGACACAUAUUGGCAGAUUGCGACGGGGAGCGUCCCCGCGAACCCACGGUCCCGAUUCUGCGUUGCCGGUUUUGAGACCUCUGACGGCGGCUAUGAUAUUUUCUUAUCUGGAGGAUACAACGAACGUGACAAAUUCACCUAUGACGACGCUUACAUCCUGAGUUUGCCGGGAUUCGUAUGGACGAAGCUCCCAGACCCCCAGACUGGCGGGCGCAGCUCCCAUAGCUGUGUGGCCGUCGGCAAGCGCCAAGUGUUGAGCAUAGGCGGUACCAACAGCGACGGUUGGUCGGACCCAGAUCCAGCUCCGCAAGGGUUGUUGCUGUUUGACAUGGCGGAGCUGAAAUGGAAGGACUCAUACGAUGCCACCGCAGCAGCGUAUGAAAGGGCUAAUGAUAUCGACAGCUUCUAUACCAACGGCUCUUUGGAUGCAGUCGAGUGGUCGUCGAACGUAGUGCGGGAUAUGUUUGUAGCAACCAAGUCAACGACAGGAUCAACUACAUCAUCGACCUCCAACCCAGGCGGUACCGGCACGGGAUCUGACCCAGAGCAGGAGCAGGAACACUCAACUAUUUCGGCCGGCGUGAUUGCAGGCAUAGUUGUCGGGGCCGUGGUCGGGGUGGCCGUCAUUGUUGGAAGCAUCUGGCUGAUCAUCCGACACGCGAGGAAGCCCGACUCGACCCCCAACAACGACUAUGCCGCCGGCCCGGGCCAGGAUCCGGACCCCGGGAGCGGAGGUGCGUAUUACGAUGACGCACACUACGCCCCUGAAGUUGUCAAAUAUGGUAGCCCGACGGAGACAACACAGCCUGUGCAGUACAAGACGGAACCGCAGGAGCUUAAUGCUCAUCGCCCUUACGCCGAGCUUCCUGUACAAUAUGAUCACACCCAUACAGGUGUCGAUGGCGCCACCCUCACAGACCCAUCCCCUAGAUACUAUUCGGUCGCCCAUGAGAUGGAUGCUACGCCCUCAAGAUAG